AUGUAUAUAAACUCUGAGAAUUUAUUACUAAAAUUAUAAGGAUAAGCAUUUGGUAUUGAUAUUGAAUUUAGUAAGAAAAAAAUUUGUUUAAUUUAAAUAUCUGAUGGAAAUUAAAUAUAUUUGUUCGAUCCAAUAGCAUUAAAUUUAGAGUAAUACAUCAGAGAUUUUUUAAAAAAUGAUGCUAUCAAAAUAUUCUAAAGUGUUGCUCAAGAUUUGAAAUGGUUGAUAAAAUUAUAUUAAAUAGUAGUGAAUAACUAUUGUGAUUUAUAAGUGUUAGCUUAAAAAGAACCAGAUUAAAGUUGAAUUGCAUUAAUGGAAAAAGUAUUGUGGAGUCUAAUUUGAAAGAUAUAUAAAAAAAAGAUUAUAAAGAAGUGAUUGGUUUUUAAGAACAUUAACUGAAGAAUAAUUAUAUUAUACUGCUUUUUGAUUGCAAAUAUCUAGUUAUGUUAAUAAAAAUCCUAUUAAAAUAGUAUACUGAAGAUGAUAAGAAAUCCAUACAUUUCUCCAUUGAUGUCACAGUUCCUAAACUAUUAAAAUAGUUAAAAAAAUAACUGGCUUAAAAUGAAGAUGUCCUUUUACCAUAAAACAUUUAUAGGCAUAUCUAAUUUCAAGAGCCAUUUAAAACAGAUGAUUAAAAGAUCAUAAAGUUAAUUGAAUAAUUAAGUAAAAUAUAUCACAAAGAUUAUAAGAAAUUGAAAAGAGAAAAUGUUUAUAGUUUUAAGAAAAAUUGACUACACAUAAACCAAUUUAUAGUGAUAAUUGUAUUUAUAGUUUGAUUGGAUAAUAGUUAUGUUUUUGUGAUAAAAAGAAAAUUUAAUUGUAGAUAAAGAAUGGUUUAAGGGAAUAUUUAGAUUAAAAGAGUAUUAAAUUAAAUUUUGAUUCUUUGAGUGAAAUUGAUGAAAAAGAAAUUUAAUUUUAUGAUGAGGAAAGGUCUCAUCUAUGUACAAACAUUUAAUACCAAAUCAUUUUAAAUUUCAUAGAGCUCAUGAUAUUGUGAUGUUAUGUGCUUAUUGUCAUCUAAAAGAUAAAAUAAGAAUUGAAAUUGCUUAAUUGUAUGGAGUUCCUUUAUAAUAUUAUGGUGAGGAAAAGUUAGUAGUUGAUAAAUUGACUUACAUUCUUUAUUAAAAUCUUACUAAAGUAGGAAAACCUUUGAUUUGGUUUAAUAUGAAAAAAUUAGAAAUUAAUUUAAAGACUUAAUUUAAUUACCUAUUGAAUUUAAGUUGAAAAAAAAAUCAAAGAAUUUACAUGGAGAGAUUGUUGUUAAGAAAUUAGUUAUAGAUGAGAAAAUUGAAGAAUUUAUAAUGAUUUUCAGAAAACAUUUCUUAUUAUCUAUAAAUCCUUAAUUUUUACUUAAGGAAUGGGCUAUUGAUCAUCAAUUUAAAAGUAACUUUGGAGAAUUUCCUGUGUAUUAUUAGAAGUUAGAAUAAAAGUAGGAUUUACAAUAAUAAAAAUAACAAAUAGAAUAAAAAUGA